UUCACAAUUGUCGUGGUCGUGCGGGAGAGGAGUGUUUGUCCUCUUCAAUCGCAUUUUUUCUUGUUUUGUUUUUAAUUUUCUCCAUUUCCGCGUUGUUUUCACUACCGUAUUGAUUUGAUGUGUAUAUCUAAUAUUCUUAUUAGUUUAAACUUUUCAUUUAACUGGACAAUGAGGUCAUUUAGUGAGUUGUGAUGGGUUUUUGGUGACUCAACGUUUUUGUUUGUGUGGCUUACUUACUGAAUAACACUACAAUGGUAGUUAUCGGUAUUGUGUGAAUAGUUAUUUUUGUGUAUAUUAGGCUAUGGAGACGCCACCAGUGCCAAAGCCUCGAAGCGUGUUGCCGGUUCAAAGUGAUGCUAGUAAGCAGCCGGUCCCACUCCCACGAACAAAGGUUCCGACCGUCGCUGACAAGUCUAGGAGCUCUGCCAUUUUGAGAUCCUUCAAUUCUGUGUCUAAAAUCACCGGAGAUGUGGCCCAUAAGGUUGCUAGCUCUGCGAAAACGGCAAAAACAGAUAGCUCGAAGUUCGCUAAAGAAACCCUGGAGAGGACGCUACAGACGUCCAGGGCGGUGUUCGACGGAACCAAAUCGAGCCUGAAACUACGCAGACAAAGGAAACAGGACGGCGACGACAGUGUCGCAGAGAGGCACAUGUCCAUGCCUUGUGUUGAUGUUAGUCUCUUCGAAAAUAUACAGUUUCAUUCUCCAAUGCUGGAACAGAAGAAGUAUAAGAAGGAAGAUUGCCAGAGUGAAAUUCCUUCUCUUGCCUUGAACACAACCCAGUUUGAUGAGGUUUCAGUUUUUUCUAACAACUCUGAUUCGAACACAGAAUCUGUGAGUGAUUUUUCUAGAGACAGCAUGGAAUAUGAGCAUAACCCAAAUAUAGGUGAUGCUGAUCAGAUGACAUAUGACACUCCGAGGCAGUCUAGAACCAAUAGCAUGAUCAGUGAAGUAGUAGAACCUCCAGAGAGAAGGAAGAAGAGAGCCAGUGAGGUAAGCUUUAUGAGGAAUAACUCUAUGUAUGAAAAUUGGACUCUUCCAUGUUCAAGAGGUCUCAAAGAAACUGCAAAGGAUGAGAAUAUUGAAGUGGUUGAUGAGAGGCCAAGUAAGAGCACAAUAUAUGAAUUUGAUCCUCUGAAUACCUGUCCUACUCCUAAAAAAUAUGAUGGUGUUAGCAAUGAACUUUUGCUGCUGGAAUCCUUCUUGAUCGGGGACACAUAUGGUUCUAUCAUAUCAACUGACGGCCAUGAGGAUCACUUUGAGUUUAUGGAGAGCGAGUACUUCAAUCCUCCCACUCCGCCUGAGAGGUCUGACAGCUUGUUUCCGGAAUUAGAGCCAGUUUUAAUCGAGCCAAUUGUCAAAGACCCCAAUAAGCCUCUCUGCAAUGAUGUUAAGAAGAAUCAUAACUCAAUGAUGCAUAAAUUUACUCAAAUAUUAAAAUUGGAUAAUAAGGUGAACAAGCAAAAUAAGAAUGAAGUGUCAGAUGUUAAGACUGUUGACCGGCCUCCUAUUAAUCAGUUACCUGUACCAUAUUUCUGUGGAACUUUGACACGGACAGCAUCAGCGGUCGGCGAGGAGAUUUUCAAGAACUCACAGCCUCGUUACUGUAUUUUGUCAGACCAGAAACUGAUGUGUUAUACGGAUCCUACUAAUUCAGUGCUGAAAGAGGCUUACACAUUGGAUAAUGUACAUUCAGUACAAUUGGUGCUACCCAUAUCUACCAGUACGACGGCGAAUUCGUUCUGCUUCGAGCUGCUAGUGUCUUCUGGGUCUCGUCAGGCUCGGAAGAUAGUCUUCAGCACUGACACAGCAGCACUGCGCAGGACAUGGACCCACCACUUGGCGGCACACCUCACCACUUUCCCAAACAAAUAUACCCUCGACUUCACAAGAUGCGGGUGGUGUUAUCUGAAGGAGGGGGUGACUGGUGAAUGGCGCGGCGCGUGGGUCAUUCUGCACCGGCGGGUGCUGGCCUACUAUGUUAGCGAAGACUCCAACGUGUGUACCGUGGAUCUUAGGAAGGCGAGAUGUGUCACGACUCAAGAAGCUGACGACGACACAAAGACCGCCUGCCACUCGGACUGCGGCGACAACUUGUUGCUGGACUGUCCCGACGCCACACUCUAUCUGCACUUUCCUCACGAGCGGGAACUCAAGAGCUGGCGGUUCAUGGUGAGACUCGCGGCCCACAACAACGGCACACAUUUGUAUCAUCAGCAGCUGACUAAAGACGACGUUCCCGUCAUCGUGGACAAGUGUUUGAGCUUCGUGUAUGCGCACGGAAGCCUGUCAGAAGGUAUCUACAGACGCGCCGGCUCCAGUUCCAUGAUAUCCGACCUCCUCACUCGGUUCCGUCGGGACGCGUGGGCAAUGCAGCUCACUCACGGAGAACAUUCCGAGCACGAUGUAGCAGGCGCCCUGAAGAGGUUCCUCAGGGAGCUGCCGGAGCCGCUCAUACCCAGGGAUAAGCAUCGCGAGAUGCUGGACGCUCAAGCUCUAGAACCAGCUGAGAGGUACCAGGUGUACCGCCGCAUCAUGUCGUCACUGCCCCUGGUGGUAGCCAACACGGCGAGGAGGUUGUUCGCCCACCUUCACUUCUUGCAGUCCAUGAUGUACGCCAACAAAAUGGGCGCCGAUAACUUGGCAGCUGUUUGGGUGCCGACAGUGAUGCCCACGGCAAUGACGAGCGAUCCCCUCCAAAGCGACUGGAACUCCUACCUGGUCGUGGUCAAGGAUCUGAUUGCGAACUUCGAAUCCGUGUGGGAGCCGACAGAUGCUGAAAAACGGAGGGAAGCGGCGAUACGCAGGGUCCUGGUGAAAGUUUACGGCUCGCCUACACAGGUGGCGCCUAAAGCGGCAGGCGAUUUGAGAACAUGGAUAUACGUGCAUGACAGAAACACGUGUCAUCAGGUCGUGCUUACACCGAGCAAGACAUGUUCGGACAUAUGCAUCGAGCUAUGCGAGAAGGCGAACACGUACUCCCACCUCUUGAUGUUGGAAGAAAUCAUAUGCGACAAUUCUAUGCGUCGAAUCAUACACAAAGAUGAGAUCCUGCUGGACGUCGUACUGAGAUGGGGAUAUUGGGAUGAGGAAGACAGAAAAGAUAACUAUUUACUGCUGAGUGAUAAUUCGGUUCUGCAACAAAUUGAUAGUAUAAAAAAUUCAGUGGGUGCCAUAAGCGGUCAAUUGAAGUAUGCGAGUGACAACAGCAAAACGUUCAAGUCCCACAUGUUUGGCAUACAAGACGGCAGCCUGUGCUAUUUCAAGGACAAACAGGCGAGUCAAAAAGUUGAGGAGUGGAAGGUGAAGGAUCACCUGUGGUUCAUGGGCCACGAGAGCAGGAGGAGCCCACAGGCGCAAUGGUCGAUAACCUUCGUGCCCAAAAACAAUAAACCCAAACGUAAAGAGAGGCCCUGGUUCGGCAGCACCGUGGCUGGCGUGGUGGCUAACUACCAGCUGAAAUGGAUCGCAGCUCUGAUGAUGGCCGAGCAUACCGACCUGAUGCCAAUACCACGGCUGAUCGACACGUGAGCUACUACACGCGCGGAGGUAAUGCUCGAAGUGUGAAGUGGGAAAGGAUAAGGUCGUAAGAUAUUCAAAUCUAUGUUUUUUUUUUAGAUUUAUCAUCUAUAAAAUUGAAUCGUAAAAUCUUGAGAACACAUAUUUAAUGUUACAGCGGAGAAGCCAAUAUAAUUAUUUGUGUAUUCUCACAAUACAGUGUAAUGUUGCUUUUUGGUCUUGAACUAACCAGGAAUCGAAUUCAAGUAUACCAGAUGAAGGCCUACUGCGUUUAGUAGGGUAACACUGCUAAUAUCGAUGAAAGUAGAUCUAUAACAACACGUGUCUUAUGCCUACUUCAAAUAUUAUAUACUCUGUGGUUUUUAGCAAAAUUGAUCUGUUUUGUAAGCUCGUAUGUGUGAUUAAAAGCUCCAUUAGCAGCUUUAAGGAAGAAAAACAUUUAUAUAUUCAUUAUAUUAGCUCUUAAUGAUAAACAAAUACUUGUAAGAUAAAUUACGAAUAUAAUAAUAGUAUUAAGAAAAAAGUGACUGAAUAAGUAUGAAUUUAAAAAUUGUGCGCGAUGAGAAGAGGCUUUUAAAUAACUUGAAUGAAAUUAUGUAUUUAACUAUUUUUGAUAAUAUUUACAAGAAUAUUAAAUAGAAAAUAGUAUAAUCAUGGAAAUCAAAUCAAUUUUGAAUUAAAUGUUACACAUGUUAUUAAUUACAACCAAUAAGCUCUUAAUAGAAAUUUCAAUGAAUGCAUUCCCGUGUACUAAUACUUUACUAUUGCUAUGAAAGAUCCAUUGUUCAUGCAAUAUUUCAUCAAAAUAAUUUUACAUGUACCAAACAUAAUCACUGAAAUAUUCAAUGUUCAAAUUAUGCAGGACUUUGUGAAAACAAAAGGUAUUAAUACUAACGCACAAGAACAUUCGUGUAAAAACAAAAACUAAACUAAAAGUCUGAAUCGGUGCUAAUUAAUGACGUGGGCGUGCCCCGCAUGAUACCAGAUUAAGUAAGCUAUUAAAAAAAGGUUUCUCUAGCCACACACACCAUAAAACUGUUUGACAUUGCCGCUUUUCAAAAUAUAGUCGGAUAGAAUAGCAUAGAAUUCUUUACACUGUCAUCAUUUGUUUCUGAUACAGUUCCACAUAAUUUAUGAUUCUUUAUUGGAACAUUCGUUAUUCAAUUGCUUUUUAAAAUGCAAUUUUACAAGUGUAGUCCGUAAAGGUCAAAUUUCUAUGAUGUUUUCUGCGCACUUUCUCUUAUGAUCGAGAGGAAAAUGCGUGUAUUCGGCCUUAUAUAUAUUGUCCAGAGUCUUGCCUUCUAUCAUAUUGUGUACAUAAAGGUUCUCAGAUUGAUGAUAAUAGCUACAUAAUCUAUUUCUCUAAAGGUGUGUAGUUCUUGAGGUUUGAUUUGUUUAGAAUGGUCGAACUAACUUUGUGAACAUUCCUUUUUUGCACAAUCGUGAAUGUCAAAUGUCAGGAGGCUCCAUAUGAUAUAAAUCAGUUACUGUAUGAUUGAAUUUGUUAUAAAUAAAUUACGAACUAAGUACAAACACUUAAAUGUAGAUUCAUCAAAAAAUAUACUGUUAUUUUAUAAAAUCUUUAUUGUCUUAUAUGAUCGCUUAGAUAAUACUUGAUAUGAAAGUUGUAAUAUUUUUUCUAUACCUAUAUUAAAAUAUAUUUUUACUAUAUUGAAUAAUGAAGAGUUUUUCUAUUAAAAGUGUUUUGACCAUCGAUUUUCAAAUAGUAUUUUGUAUCUUUUUAAAAAGUUUUUAUAAAUAAAGUUUUCCUGUUUCACAAUAGUGAAUUAAAAACAUUGAUUUUGAUGUUGUUAUCAUCACUGUACCUGACAUAUUUCAGAAUGUUUAAUGUAAGGUGCUUGCAGUGUAAACCACGCCAAGGGCAGCUCGCUCGUACAUUUUAUAAUUUUAAUGUGUGAUACGUACUAACAAACGUAACAUUGCCAAAGUGUACAAAUGAAUUAUAUGAAUUACCAAUGUGUGUUAUCUAAUAUAUAUAUAUAUUGUGAACAUUUGUAGUCACAAUACAGAAUAUACCGUUUAUAGUGAUACUAUUGUCUUUUAUUAUUAUAAAUAAAGCAUUGAAAUAUUUA